AUGGGCGCGUCCCAGUCCUCCUCUCAACAGGAGGCAAACACCGCUACAGCCAAAAUAUGCUACUACGAACUUCUCGGCGUGGAGCGUGAUGCGAGCGACAAUGACAUCAAGAAGGCAUACCGCCGAAAGGCGCUCGACCUUCACCCAGACCGCAACUUGAAUGAUGUAGAAGCCGCCACGAGGAAGUUCGCCGAGGUACAGUCCGCGUACGAGGUUCUCUCCGAUCCUCAGGAGAGGGCGUGGUACGACUCCCACCGAGACGCCAUCCUAAGCGGCCAGGACGACCUCGCCGAUGGUGCUGCGCCAACGACAUUCCGCAAUGUCCGCCUGACGACCACCGACGAGAUUCUCAGUCUCAUGCGCCGGUUCAACGCCGCAGUGCCGUUCAAUGACGAGCCGACGGGCUUCUUCGGCAUUGCGCGCGAGACGUUUGAGCACCUUGCACUCGAAGAAGAGACAGCCGCCGAGUUUGAGGGCAUGGCCGUCCCCGACUACCCAACCUUUGGCUCCUCCGAUGACGACUACGACCAGGUCGUAAAGGUCUUCUAUGCCUCCUGGUCCGGGUUCUCCACGAAGAAGUCUUUUUCUUGGAAAGACAGACACCGUCUAUCAGACGCCCCUGACAGACGAGUUCGCCGGCUCAUGGAGAAGGAGAACAAGAAGAGCCGCGACGAUGCUGUCCGCGAGUUUAACGAUGCCGUCAGAUUCUUGGUUGGGUUUGUCCGGAAACGUGACCCUCGCUACUUGCCUAAUGCGCAGACUGAGGCAGAGCGCCAAAAGGCAUUGCGAGAUGCUGCGGCGGCCCAGGCUGCUCGGUCUCGAGCCGCAAACCAGGAGCGAAUGGCCGACUACAGUGUUCCAGACUGGGCCGGCCCACGCGAUGAUGGCGCAGACCACGUCUUCUCAGAAUCGUCUGGCGAGGAUUCCGAGGUUGAACUGCUCGAGUGCAUUGUUUGCAACAAGACAUUCAAGAGUGUGCAACAGCUAGAAGCCCACGAGCGGAGCAAAAAGCAUAUCAAAGCAGUGCAGCUACUGCGGCGCCAGAUGGAGAAGGAGGGUGCCGAUCUGGAGCUGACCCCUGAGGCCCCCCUUGGUCCUGAGCGAGACAGAAGUCCUAGCUCCGCUGCUUCGCAGGUGGAAAGCCAAGGAGCGAAUGGGGACCCCGUUGAUGGAUAUGCACUUGGCGGCCACGGCAUGGACCAGGAUAAUGACGCUUCAGCGUCGUCGGCAUCUCCUCAACACUCGCCAUCGCCGCCGGCCGACGACGAAGACUAUGCACCAAGGAACAUUGUUGAAGAGCGACUUGCACCGACCGUUGAAGUAGAGGCAGAUGCCACGAGCUCGGCGGCGGACACUGACAACGAUGUGAUGAGCUCAAUCGCGGACAUGUCGCUUGGCAAGGACGCGACUGGUCAAGUCAAGCUGGGCAAGGCUAAGGCGAAGAGGGCAAGGAAAGCAGCAGCAGCGGCCCGUUCUUCCGACGCAAGCACUGAGGUGAGAUGA